AUCACCUGAGGCGACGUUGGGAUAGAAUUACAUGUGGUUUUGGCGGUGCAGCUGCAGUGCCAGUGCAGGUUGUACAGUACCGUACAUACACCGUGCGAGAGUACUACUGUAUGUACGAUAAACCACCCAGGGCUAACGCCCAAGACACACCAACUCGACAGGCGUCAACUCCCCACAGGCUCCGACUCCCUACAGACUUCACUACGACGCCACCACUGGUUGGGAUUUUUGCAGGUCCAGUCAUAAUCAGCCCUCUCGUCCUUGCCGCCAUUUUCACGACAACGCUGCGCCACUUUAAUUGGGGACUCCGGGUUCUGGAGAGACCCCCCGUGUCCUCCGGGGGAGCAUUGCAUUGCCAUUCCAUUGCUUCCCUAUCCUGUCCUAUCGUAUCCUAUUACUCGAUCCCCACCGGCAACUCCACCUCCUACCAGUCCAAUCCACCAGCACCAGCACGGCUCUGCACGAACCAACUUCUCCAGCACACCGUUUUUUGGAAUACAAGCUCGUAGUCUGGACUCUCCUGAAUGUUCUCAAUCAUCCGCAAAAGUACAGGAUCGAGUAGCUUGGAGUAACCAUGCGUCUGCCAGAUCUCCCAGUCUCUUCAAUUCCUCUGCAAGACGCCCACGCCCACGCCCACGCCCACGCCCGCUAUGUCAGACGCCGCCGCUCCCACCCCGCCUGUAGUGUCCAGGCGUUUUCCGCCCACCCCCGUCGAGACGUCCGUCAAAAAGAUCCGUCGAUUUGCUCCUGAACCGGUGGAAACAACAGCUCGGAGUUCCAAAAAGGAAGAUGAAAAGCAGCCACCAGCUGAAAAGAAGGACGAUGGAGUGGACAAGAAAGAUUUCGCUCCCAAGCGCCGAUUCGUCCCAGAGCCGGUUGAGACCACCUUUAAGAGCAGCAAACAGCCGAAAGGAACGUCUACUGCGGAACCUACCUCACAACCUGUUCCCGAAAGAUCCGCCCCUACAGAGACUCCAAAGCCGAGGAGACGGUUUGCUCCAGAGCUGAUUGAGACGACAACGAGGACAAAGAAGGCGGGAGAUAGGCGUCCUGCUACUUUGCCAACAGAUAAGGUCAGUGGCAUGGUGUUUUGCUUGUUGAGGGCAUGGCUAACUUUGAUAUGAUAGACGGACUUGACUCCUGGGGUACCAAAUAUAUACACUCGUUCAAAGAAAAAGUCCGCCAGACCUCCUGUUGUUCCUCUUCCUGGACCACCCGACAAUACACCAAGCACAAGUUACUUGUCCAAUUCUCAAAUCCACCCCAUACCCCCUCGAAGACAACAAUCAAUGCGUCCUCACCCAAAUACAAGACGAAGUACUCGUCGGCAGGAUUCCUUCCAGCCCGAGUUGGAGGUGAUUGAGUCCUCCGAGUCCGGGUCGGAAGCAGAGGAGGAUUAUGACGAGGAUAUGGCAGACUCGACACCAUCGCUGACAGGAUCGAAUGGCUCUUCUGAUGACUCGCGUAUGAGAUUACAAUUGGCAAGAACAAGGGAAAGCUGUGACGAUAGGUUUUCAGGUUAUUUACUUGCUUUGGCGGCAAAGGCUGCGGAGAAACAGCUCCGGGAACAAGCUUUGGCUGCUUUUCCAAACGAGUCCAGCUACGAGAUUGUAGAACAUUUUUAUGAUCGGGAGAUUGAUGCACCAUCGGAUGAGGAAGUCGUUGAGGGAAUUGGGAUGCUGCUGGACGAACGUAAGCCGAGUUUGCGGCGGAAAUCGACAGAGGUUGGAUGGCAUGUCAAAGAGAUGCAACACCAUCAAGAGAACCUAAACAGAAUGCGGCAGGAUGAGACGAAUAAGAAGAUUGCUGAUGAAGCUACGAAAAACAAUUUUCAGGAUCCGUUCUGGACGAAUGGUAGGAAUGCUCGACCAGAAAUCAAAGAUCCAAAGAAAGAGGCGGAGCUAGAGCGUAUGCGAAAGGCUGCAUCACCACCUAUGUUGGGUGGGGAUUUGAAAUUCCGCAUGUGCCCUUCACCUAAAGCCACCAAAUUCGAAUCAGACCAACGAAUCGACAUACAACCCAAGCGAGAUGAACACGGAGGUGGGUUAUGGGGAGGCUAUUGUGUAGCCGAGGAACCAGAAAGAAUCAAUGGAAGUAUCCAACGACCUACUUGGAUAAACACACCUAAGCGAGACGAUCCCUUUUCCCAAGCCUUUGCACGAAGCAACGGCACCAGGAUGCUAGUAGGAAUCGAGGAAAGACUGAAACUUGAAGCCGCCAAAGCCAAAGCUGAAGAAGCGAUCCGCACUGAAUUCAACGAUAAUUUCGUCACCCAGGUUUACAAUUACCUGUCCCUCGGCUACCCAUCACUCGCGAGACCUUAUGAUAAUGAACUCGCGAGAAUCGCCCAUGUUGCGCCCGAAGAUUUGCGCAAAGACGAUGGGUUGCAGGAUGCCAAGGGUCAUAUCGGGCUCAUGGAUGCCCCGGGCGCAGGUGGCAAAGGGGAGAAGUGUGCCCGUUGGGAGGCGUUGAAGAUUUAUAUCCUGGAGUGGGGGAGGCAGCAUCCUAAUAUGUCGAAUGGGGCAAGUACGCCGAGUGCGUGGGGAGUACGUGCUCGAAGGGGGAGUUGGGCUAUAUAAUGGAAUGGAUGGAUUGAAUGGUUUUCGUGUUUUUUGUUGUGUGAGGAACAUAGGAGUAUCGACUAGACAUAAUUGUUUUUAUUGGGGGGGGAUGUGUGUUGGUGCCUUUGAUUGGGGAUGGGUGGGUGGUUCUUAUGAUGGAAUGGAAAUGAGGGAUGCAUUAUAUGGGCAUUAGGAAUUCGUUUGUUCUUUCUUUGAGUUUGUCGGUUUGUUUUUUUGAGCAUUAGCCAUGGAAGGGGUCUUGCUUGGGUUUACUGGCAAGACAAGGCAUGAUUUA